CUGCCGGGAGCCGCCGUGCGCUGUCAGAGCCGGGGUCCCUGGCUGCAAUGGAGGGUCAUAGCGAGGCUACAGCCAAGGAGGAGGAAGAGGAGGAGGAGGAAGGGGUGCGGAUCACCCCGCAGCUGCUGAAGGCCGCCACCGGUGAGUUUGCCCUGGAGUCCAUCCUCCUACUGCGGCUGCGGGGCCGCGGCAUUGCGCACUUGGGCUGCCUGGGCGACUGCACCAACCUGGAGUGGCUGGACCUCUCCGGCAACGCCAUCGCCCAGCUGGGGCCGCUGGCCGCCCUCCGCUCCCUCGCCGUCCUCAACCUGUCCCGCAACCGCGUGGCCAACCUGGAGCCGCUCGCCUCCUGCCGCAGCCUGCAGAGCCUCAACCUGGCCGGCAACAUGGUGAGCAGCCUGCGGGCGCUGCGGUGCCUGGCGGGGCUGCGGCGCCUCGAGAGCCUGCGCCUGCGCGACCCCCUCGCCCGCCUUGACAACCCGCUCUGCACCGUGACCGCCUAUCGCGACGCACUGGCCGACAUGCUGCCCGGCCUCAAGGCCAUCGACGGCGAGCGAGUGGCCGGCCGUGGCAGCGAGCUCUACCAGCUCUGCCGGGAUCUCGACAGCUCGCUGGGACACGGUGCCGGUGGUGCUGGUGAUGCCGGUGGUGCCGGCGCUGACCCGCCCCGCGCAGCUCAGCCCUGGGUAGAGGCUGGUUUCUGGGAGCCGCGGCCACCGCGGCGCAGCUCCAUCAUAGAGGAGGCGUACAGGCAGUUCGGGGAGGUGCUGCAGGAGUGCCGGGAGCUGGGCCGCCGCGCCGAUGACACCAUCGCCCAGGCGGAGCGGGCGCUCAGCACCCGCCAUGACCCCAACUCCUUUGUCUUCUGAGCUGUGACAAGCCCGGUCCCAUCGAUGGAGGAGCCGCAGGGAAUGGGGGGCAGCCAGAGCAGCACCAGGGGCAGCCACAGGGCUGCUUGGCUUUACUCCAUCACUGGAAGCUCCAGGCUGGGCACUGACCAGGGCUCCCUGUGCCUGGUGCAGCAGUGAGGGGAGCAGUGGUGUCCUUGAAGAUCUGGGGCCAGCCCUGAGCUAUCCGGCCUGGAGGAGAGGCCGCAGGGCUGGGAGGUGGCACACAGGGACCAGGAGAUGGUCUGGGAAUGUCUUGGAGACAUCGCAAGGAUGAGAGAAUGUCAUAGGGACAUUGUGGGGGCAUCACGGGGACGGGGGGAUGUUGCGGGAACAUCAUGGGGACCAGAGGACAUCGAGGGGACUGAGGGAUGUUGUGGUGUCCAUGGGACAUCGUGGGGACAUCAUGGGGACCAGAAGACAUUGUGGGACUGGGGGACAUCACAGGGACUGGGGGAUAUCACAUAAACAUCACGAGGCCUGGGGCCAUACAGGGCCAUGCAGUAAAGCUGUGCUG